UGGUCGCCCCGAGCCUCCGCUGGCUGCGCCUUCACGGCUUAGAGCAGAGGGCACGUUGCUUUUCGCUUUCUUUUCUUUCUUUUUACUAUUAAAAUUUUAAUCAAAAAAAUAAUCUCUCCGCGCGGUUCAAGGUCAGGAUCUCGGAGGUAUUUCUGGAGCGUUUUGUUUCUGUCUAAUGUGAGGACCGGGAGAAGGAGAAGGUGGCGCGGGGGGCGGAGGGGGCUAGCUGCUCCGCUCAGCGCUGGGUUCAUCAGCUGCUCUGACGGCGGAUACCGCAGGAGCAGCCGGCGCUGCUCUCUACAGCAGAGCGCCUCUUCCAGCCGCCAGAUAGGGGGAGUCUGAGCUGAGAGAUGGAGGGGACACGCUGCUGAUGCCCGCCGAUAGGAGCCGGACCGGAGAGCGAGGGGACAAGUCCUGACAAAAGCCUUGUUUGUUUUCUUCUUUAUGUCCAAGUCGGAAUACGCGGACGAGCGUGGAGUGGACAGUCUGUAACCCGUCCUGAGCGCACUUUCCCCCCCACAACACUCUCGUCCCCGCAGCAGCAGCAGCAGCAGCAGCAGCGGCGGCAACAUGAUCCCGUCACAUCAAAUGGACAUGCCUCGCUGUUUGCUGAGCACUGUUGGUCUCGACGCGGCGUUUACGCACCGGAGUCGGCGAAUUUAAAAAAAACCCCCAAAAACCAAAAUAUAUAAACAAAUAAGAGAAGGCUCUUGUCGUCCCACCUUCUGUGAAACUGUCUGCGUUCUUCCUGACAUCCGGCAUCCGCUGGAGAGGCAGCCGUGCAGGGCUCUCUGUGCAGUGGCGACUAAAGCGGCGCUGAAGCUGAAGCGGGCUUAACCGGGCUAAGUACUCUGUCUGAGGAACAACCCCCUCCCAACGUCUGAGGUGGCCAUUCCAGUAAGCAGUAGUCGGUGAAGAGUGACAGCGAGAGGCCACUUGAUCCCAACAGGUUGUGCACCAGUAUGCAGGUGGUGCAUUAAGGAUGGAGGACUCCAGUUUAUGUCUUGGUGUAUCAUCAGCGGUGCCUGACACCGACGCCCAUCUCAGUAGUGCAGUUUUAAAUGGCCGCUACCCCAUCAGUCAAAAGCUUCACCAGCUCACUGCCCAACUAGGACACGCCUUUCCUGACCUGCACCGCCCACAACAGAUCCCUGAGGAGAAGGCUGUCACACCUUUGGAUGAGAAGACGCACCACGCAGCCCUGGCCAGUCAACCUAUCAGCAGUCAGAUGGCCCUGUUAGCCAAUCAGCUCAACCGAGACAUUGAUGCAGGUGCGCUAAGUGGGCUAAAUGGCCGGGUUGAUCUUCAGCAAUUUCUCAAUGGCCAAAAUGUGGGCAUCAUGUCGCAGAUGAAUGAUAUCGAAGAUGAUGCUCGGAAGAAUAGAAAGUAUCCCUGUCCGCUGUGUGGCAAACGUUUCCGUUUUAACAGUAUACUUUCACUCCACAUGCGUACGCACACAGGCGAGAAACCAUUCAAGUGCCCCUACUGCGACCACAGAGCAGCUCAGAAGGGAAAUUUAAAGAUCCAUCUUCGCACUCAUAAACUUGGAAAUCUGGGUAAAGGCCGUGGCCGUGUCAGAGAGGAAAACAGGCUGCUUCAUGAGCUUGAGGAGAGGGCCAUCUUGAGAGAUAAGCAGAUGCGAGGGAGUGGAAGUCUUCUCCAGACUGCUCAAACACCCCAUCUUGUCCUCAACAGCAGCUCCAACACCCAUCAGCAGCAAAUGCCAUCAGCCUGUGGCCCACCUCCACUUUCUGGCCUCGCAACUCCAGACACAGUUUCUCAGCCAUCUUCUUCACCGAAGCCAACGAACCAGGAUGAACAGUCUGUGAACCCAGCUAAUGGUUACCGUUGUACAUUCUGCAAAGGGAAAUUCAAGAAGCGCGAAGAAUUAGACCGCCACAUUCGCAUUCUCCACAAGCCCUACAAAUGUACUCUAUGUGAAUUUGCUGCCUCCCAUGAAGAAGAACUGAUAAGUCAUGUGGAGAAAGCUCACAUCACAGCUGAAACCACACAAGGACAGGGUGCCAGUGGAGCUGGUGGCAUGCAAAUGGCCACUGAAUUCCGAUGUGAUGUCUGUGGCCAGGUAUUCAGCCAAGCGUGGUUUCUUAAGGGUCACAUGCGAAAGCACAAGGAUUCCUUUGAGCACUGCUGUCAAAUCUGUGGCCGUCGCUUUAAGGAGCCCUGGUUUCUGAAGAACCAUAUGAAGGUUCACCUAAACAAGCUAGCCAUUAAGAGCAAGCCACCACAGCCCAGUGAGCAAGACAUGGCCGCUGUUAAUAGCAUGAGCAAUCUAGCUCAAGAAGCUCAUGCCAAUCUCUAUUCCCGUUACAUCUCAUGUCUUCAAGGAGGGUUCCUUUCACCAGACAAACAAGGCCUUAGUGAACAACACCAGAUGUUGGCUAAAGCAGGGAUUGCCAUGAAGGAAAAGGAGAUGUUAGGAAAACUGCUGGGACCAAUGGCAGGGGGUAUGGCACAUGGGCUUGGUGAAAAUGAAAAGCGCUCACUCCUUGGGUGUCUCAAUCUUGUGCCGCCACUCAAGUCCAGUUGCAUGGAGCGCCUUCAAGCAGCUGCAAAAGUGGCAGAAAUGGAUUCUCUCAACAGCUAUCAAGCCUGGCAGAUCAUGGCACGUGGUAUGGCCAUGGACAGGGCUUUCAUGCCCAAGGAGCAGCAGCACCAGCCACACAUAACCCCAGGGCAGGAAGAUGAGAUAAGUGGUGCUGUGGCCCUGGCUUCCUACUCAAAGGACAAACAAGACUAUUCCAUGAUUGCUUCUAGUGAUAGCUCCAAGCAGAAGCAGCUCUCUGAGGGCAUCCAGGGAUCUAAGGCUUCCAGCGGAGCCAUGAUUCCCAUGAAGGAGGAUGGCAGAGGCUUUGAAAGUCAUCUAAUCUCUCACCAUGGUGGUGCUGAAGCCACUGGAGUUCUGUCUGGUUUAGGAGCCCCAAACAUUGACUACAAUCUUUCCACCCUGAAGGAAAAGCCUUCAGAGUGCCCUGACUGUGGCCGCGUCUUCAGAACCUACCAUCAAAUGAUUGUCCACUCCCGAAUACACAGCAAAGACAGGAGAGGCCUUGAUGAAGCUCUUCAUCAAGGUGUAGAUGAACGUCGUGGCUCUGCCAGUGACCCUGAGUCCCAGUCCAUCAGCCGUUCCACGACUCCCGGUUCAUCUAACGUGACUGAAGAGAGCGGUGCCGGAGGCGGACAGUCCCAGACGGGGAGCAUUCAAGAUGACAGUCCACAUCCCUCAUCACCUUCCUCAGAUGCUGGGGAAGACUUGGCGAAGGCAGCGGUGAGCCUGCAGCCGCCUCCAUCCCAGGUCAGGGAGCGGAGCAUCGGAUCAUCCUCUAAGGACUGCCCCUACUGCGGGAAGUCCUUCCGCACCUCCCAUCAUCUCAAAGUCCACCUGCGGAUACACACAGGAGAGAAACCCUACCGAUGCCCUCAUUGUGACUAUGCUGGCACCCAGUCUGCCAGUCUGAAGUACCACCUCGAGCGCCACCAUCGUGAACGUCAAAAUGGCUCCAACACAUCAGGCUCGUCCUCUGGCCACAACACAUCUUCAGACCAUAAAGACGAUCCUGGGAAAGCAGGUAGUGGGAUCUUCGCCCGACCAGAUGUACUCCGUAAUGUUUUCAAGGGCAUGCCAGCCAAUCUGGACUUCAGAGCUGGUCCGCUGCUGCCUCAUCAGUGGGCAUCGGCUGGUAUCAUAGCGCCACACGAACGAGAUCGCGAUCGUGGGGAUCGGCGUUUUGAUUCGAUCCAUUCAGCUGAGAACCUGAAGACUCCAGAUGGCCAAUCCCCCAUUGUUUCAGCAGCUGACGGUGCUGCCAGCUUCUCCGACCUGAGCAGGGCUUACCAAAGUAUGAUAGGGAACGGAGUCCACUUCCAAGGUUCUCUCCAAGCUUUCAUGGACAAUUUUGUCCUCAGCUCUAUGAAGAAAGAUGUUGCUGACAACCACAACCCUGUCCAGCUCCCAGUUCAGCGUUACCAUGAUAAUGGUGAGCCCAAAGUCAAACGUGUUGUCUCAAGUGACCAAGAGAAAGAUGACAAACCAGAAGCCAAGAAGCAUUCAGAGACUGGAAAGCCUGGGUCCCAGUAUGAACCUCUUGAUCUUUCUGUAUCAGUACGUCCUGAGUGUGGACCCGGAUCCCUGCCUGGCUCCUCGAUCACUGUUCACGAUAACGUGGCUUGGCACGGCUGCCUCUUCUGCUCUUUCUCUACUUCCUCUUUGGAGCUCAUGGCUCUACAUCUUCAAGCUAACCAUCUGGGUAAAGCCCAAAUGCAGCGGGCUGAUGCUGGCAAGGAGAUUCAGCAAGAGGGUAUUCCCACCAACUCUACCAUUCAUUCUUCCAAUAUCAAGAGCUCUGCUUUGGGGCUGGACAGAGAAGGAGACAGAGAUGGUGAGAAAAUCCAGGGAGUUUGGAACAACCACAUUGACCAACCUUACAACCCCUUCCAGAGUGAUUUCUUCAGGAGGUUCGGUGGUCUGUAUGAUGGCUCUUCAAGAGUUACCCCAGGCCUUCAAGGUUAUAUAGCAGAGCAGGGACUGGAACUGCACAAUCAGGUCAUUGGAGGAACACCAUUAGCUGUGGAUGACCAGAUUGGUGACAGGGGUUCCUGUGGAGAAACUGAGUAUGACCGCAUUGGAUCAGAUGAAGAAAUCACAAAAGCUGGGGAGCACAGCACAUGCGGGACCCCUUCAAACACCCCAAAGAGACCACAGCUACAGAAUAACUCUGAGGAAGAGGAUGAUGAUGGUAGAGUGGCCGAAGAAGAGGAGGAAAGAGAUGAUGAUGAACAAAUGGACUUGGAGAAAGAGGAAGAAGGCAGUCCUGCUUCUGACCACAGCCAGUCUCAUGCUAAACAGCUGCAAGAUGACUCUUCUCUUACUCUAAUGGGCAAUGCUGGUUUAGCAGCAUCCUCCACCACCAUGAAGCCACUGUCUCUGGUUCCCCAAGCCCAGAACCAAACCCUGAUGCUGGACAAGCAGUGGCAGCAGGGCCUGGGCCUCCUGUCCUCGGAAGGUGCAUCGGGACUUUUGAAGGCUGAUCCGCAGGCCCACCUGGAGCAGCAAAUGACCAUGCUGUCUGUCCUCCGCGCCUACAGUAAUGACUCCACCCUUACGUUCAACGGCCUGGGAGGCGGAAGUGGCGGAUCAAUCAUGGGCGGCGUGAAGAGGUCUGAUGGAACCGCACAUCUGUGGCUAGGAGAGGAGGACCAGCCCAUGAUUCAUGACCCCGCGUUGACCCUCGAGUCCAACCAGCUUAACAACGAUCUUAACCACCCUAACAACCAUAACCUGGGUGAGCCUAAGGGGCUGGACGCCCAUGCUGGAAACAAAGACUAACAACGUCCACCAGAGCGAGGCUCAGUGACGACCACAAUGACGACGAUGAAGGUGACAAUGAGGCGAAGGAGGAUGAAGGUUAAAUGAAGGAAAACACUAUAACAGAGACUUUAUUUAAGAUGAUUUAAAAAAAGAAGAAAACUACUACCGUCAGAGGGAAUGGAAAGUGAGAACUGUAAAAUCGGACGUCUAAGACGGUGUUUGAAUUUGCGAGUUGGACCUAGUGACUUUUGCAAGCAUCCUCACACACUUAUCAAGAUGAUGGCAACCUUCCUUUGUGUUUCCUGUGGUCUGAAUGCAUCUUGUCUUUGUUGUCCUAUACACAUUGCUUCUGUUUUCCUUCAGGUCUUCUUUCUGUUCUUUGGAUGAAACUACCUGUCUGAAGAUGACUUCCUGUAAACUAGCCCUGACAUUACCGACACAUUCCUGGAGCUAGAAAAAAAAUCUUUUGUAACUAGGACUGAAGUAUUAAAAACUUAAUGAAAACUGUUUCCUUUUCCUGUAAAGUGAAGAUUAUCCUGUUGUACUUGGUAGAAAGUAUUCUACUGCUGAAUAGAAACUAAACUUUAGCAGACUGUUGACUGAGACCAAGCACAUUCCUGUCAAACUAGCGCCUCACCUUUCAGCUGUCAUGACUCCCUGUUUAUGUCUCACAUCAUUCACGCUGAAGAUGGUUAACUACAGACAUGGUCCUUUUUUUCCAACCUGCAGCAUGGUUCUUCCCAGAAAUGAUUUACUAAUGGAGGUAUGACUGGUCGGCUUUUGAUGACGGUGGUGCUAGUAAGUAUUGUGAAGACGGAACUUUCAAACUGCUAUAAAUUCAACACCCUCCAUUACCAGGCCUUCAUCCCACUACAGAACCUGUUCUUUUCCAUUUUUUUUUUUGUUAUUUUUUUCAACGCAGCUCUGGUGCUUGAUGUAAAUAGAAAGAUAUACAGCAGCGCGACAAAGUCGACAUUUAAAAUGUUUGCGAUGAGGGAAAGUAGAGGAGUGACGAUAGUUUAUUGGCCGUAGAAUCACAUGGCCGCCAUUCUUCUCAAGUUUGAAACGGAAGAAUUAAAAAAGAAAAAUCAAAAAAACGAAAAGAGCAAGAACAGUUUUCUUUCUUUGAACCCCUACAUCCCUUUUGCUUCAUCUCUCAUGUCUAACCUGGAGAACUGUAGUGUUGCAGAUGUUUGUAUAAUACUGCCACCAAUCAUUGUUGCACAGUGUUACUGACUACUGAAAAUGGUUUGAUGUAUUUACUUUAAGAUGAGAAAAAAAUAGCAUAAAACUGGAAAAAGACAAUGUGUAUAGCCUUAGAUUACAAGUCAUCUGUUAUUGCUACUUCAAAGCUAUGUAACUGUGCUAGACUGUAGGAUGUAGGGUUGACUUUAUUUUGAACUUUUAUAUGUACUGUACAUUAAUGCCUUGUCCAUUUACUGAUCAAAAAAGAGAGAAAAAAAUGAGAAAAAAGAGGAAAAAGAUGACAAUCGUCUCCUGUGCCCCCAUAUAUACAGAUCCAUAAUGCAUAGAGGGACUUAUCCUUUCUGAUUUCUUUCAUUUGUUUGGAUUCUCAGAAGUAUUUUGCACUGUGAUAGUAUUAUAAAUCCAACCUAUACAGUACAAAACUAGCUAAUUAACUAAAAUGAGCGUGUGUUUGUGUGUCCCUUGGCAUUGUGAAAUGUUUCUGUCAUUUUUUUGUGAACCCAGAGGAAAAAAAAACCCAGA